AACCCUGAGGAAACUUGCCAUUACCUUCUGAUUAUUGCUGGAAUGUUUGGACUUGUCAACCAGGUAAACUGAAAGGAAAUAGAAGGCUGUUUCUGGGGACUGUCUCAUGGAACAAUAACUGACACACGCUGUGUUAGGUUCUUUCUGCUGAUGAGUUCUAAAAGAACAACAAUAACAGUGUAGUAUGUUAAAAAAGCAGUGCUCAUCCAAAAAAUCAAAACAUGUUUUCAAUGAAAAGACUAUAAUUAUAAAUACAAGUUAAUCUCAAGAUUAAAUAACUUUCUAAAAUUAGUUGCUGAGGGUAAAAGGAAUCGUAUCAACAUCUGAAAAUCAUGCAUUAUCUACUUCAGUGACUUGCAGCGUCCCUUGGGAAACUACUUUAUAUCUUAAUGUGUCCUUCAGGAGUUUGAAAUAAUCUGGAGACAAAAUAUGCAAUUCAUAGUGUGCUUCAAAUAAAUAAACCCUCUGGGUGCUUACAGUAGGAGAAGGAUUUACGGUUAACUGUUUUCCUUGCAACCAUUCAUUGAGUAAUUUUUAACUUUUUACAGCCAUUCAAGAAGGUGUGUGCUCUUCAUCUUGCUGCUGCCAUUGCCCAAACGAUCAGCACCAACAGUAUGCUGGAUAAUAGAAUAUCUGCCUGUAGUGAAGCUGUUCAUACCCUGUGUGACGUACUGGACAUUUCUCAUGCUAGUCUUCUGCUGCAUCAGACCAGUGAUGUGUUAGAAACCCUUAAACCAAGUGGUUCAGUUAUGGUCCAGUUUCUGUUGGCAAAGGGUCACUAUCUGUUAGUCGCAGGAAAGGUGAGCCAAUAGACCUUUUUACCGAUACGGCGGCCAUAUUGAAUUAAUUCGAUUUGAGGAGUAUUAUAGGAUGCCCAGGGGGUAUUUUUGAGCGCUUUUCAGGGCAUUUUUUCUGGAAUUAUUUUAGAAUAAGAUUGUAGUGGGAAAAAAGAUCCCUGUGCCGUGUUUGGAUGUAAUAAUAAUCACCUUUUUCCCGAGAAAUAUACAGUGAAAGACCAUAUUUCUAAUACUAAACUAGAAAAAGGCGAUCAUUAUUACAUCCAAACAUGGCACAAGGAUUACUCUCCCAUUACAAUCUUAUCCUAAGAAAACUUGAAGAACAAAUGUCCCGAAAAGCACUCAAAAAUACAAACCAAAUGUGCUCAAGCCCCCUGGCAUCCUAUAAUACUCCUUAAAUCGAAUUAAUUCAAUAUGGCCGCUGUAUUGGUUAAAAGGUCUAUUGUUCCAGAAUCAUUUUUUUGCUUCAUUCCUUUAAGCACGAGGGAUAAUGAAUACUAUUAAAAACUGAAUCAUAUUGGCUUAGCCAUCAUGGUAUAUGAGCUAUAUACCAUGCUCUCCAAAUAAGGUAACUGUGCAGUUGUAUACGUCUGCUCAAAAUUAAAAACUAGCUGAAAAUCGGUUGUUUUUACAAAUAGAAUCGGAAAGAAUUCUCAACAUUUUGUGGGCAUUUUUAAUAAAACAAUUAUUCCACUUGCGAAUGUUAGAUAAGAGAUGAUUAAAAUAGAAGGACAAAUUUUAAAUUCAGUAUACUAUGAUACAGAGAUUCUGAGUCAUUGUCUUCAGAUUAACUGCCUGGUUACAUAAAGGCCCAAACAUUUUCAAUUUAGGAUUCAUUGGUUCUGGACUGGGACUCACGAUUUUUCACAAGAUGAGUCCCAGGACUCACCAUAACUAUUUGUAACAAAAUCCUUGUGCUCCAUAUAGGUACCCUGGAUUUCACAUGUUCAGAUCAUUGGGUUUCUGUCAAUGUUUUCGCAGAGCACAGCCUUGGCUACCAGUCCCUGCCUCUAAGAGUGUAACCUCACAUUUAUCAGUAUCUGAGUGACUGUUUGUUUUCCUCUAAACUAAACAUAAUUAUCUGUUACUGUGUUUAGUACUCAGAGGGAGAGCAGUGUUUAAUGGAAGUGUUACAGAGUGAUGCUUUGACUCAGAAGAGCUACAAGUCCCACUUACUGAAGGCCAGAUUAAUGUCUUUGUGUGCGAAAUACUCCAUGCUCCCAGCUAAACUCCACAAAUUCAGCAUUGCUUUGGGUGAGUUGAAAACUCAAUUUAAUAAUUUACCAGUAAUAUGUUGUUUUAGUAUUCUAGUAAUAUGUACAUUGUAUAUUCUAGUUAGACCAACAUCACAAUGAGCGUUAUGUACCAACGGUUUAUUUCUCUGACAAAAUCAAAUCUAAAGUUUUGCAUCCUAUGAAUCCUGGGCCAAAAGUAUAGUCAUGGGUAAAAUUACAUCACGAUUUUUUAGGUUUUAUGAUCUCUGCAUUUCUUUGCUUGUGGAUCCAAAGAAAGACCAGGAUUUCCUGUAAAAAUAUGAGGCCAACCAUCUCACCACCUCAGAUUCUGCAAGUACCGCUGGAAUACUCGAGAAUCCAUUCUUUUGAAUAAAUUUAUUUGGCUGAGAAAAGUCAAAAAGCAUUGAUAGUUCUCAAAACAUAUAUUUGCUUUAAUUUACGGUUCGGCAGUUGACAGUUUUUGAUCUUGGCAUCUUUGAUGUCUAGCAUUGGAAAAGGUGGCUGUUUGACAUCAAAACCAUCAACUGUCAAAGGAAAUCUUUUUGAGAUUUUUUGAUUUCCCAACAUUCCCCUAAGAAAUCCAAAAAUCUGAGAUCAAUUAUCUAAUUUUGGACCCCUACAUGGAAAUGUACCAAACUUGUCAUUGUGUGGUUACAUGUAACAGAGGAACGAAUAAUGUCCUGAACACUGAAUUUAGUAAGGUGUCCAUUAAGGGAAUAUUGGGUACGUUGCUUUGGGAUGAUCAGGAUCAGUGAUCCGAGAUCACUCCGAUCAUUGAAGAUCAAAUGAACUGAUGAAUCCUUGUUCAGAGUGGAUUCAUCAGUUCAUUUGAUCUACUAUGAUCCGAGUGAUCUCAGAUCACUAAUCCUGAUCCGGAUCAUCGCAAAGGAAUGCACCCAUUGACUCUAUCAUGAAUGAUCUUGCUCUUUUGUGAAGAUCCUGUUGUUGGUUCACUUACUGCUUUGGAAUGUGCUCUUGAUGGAUUUCACAAGUUAAGCCACAUGGCUGAGGAGGUGUUUGGAGAGGAUGUGUUCAGCAGUGGGCGAAAGAAGGGCAACCAGAAUAAAAAUGUGUCAGGUAAAAAGAUGACCCUUUUCUUUUAUAGUAUUAGCCUGCAAUUAUUACCUCUCAGGACAUGUCACUGAAUAGUUUGUCAGACGUGUUUCUUUUUCGUGCCUGCCGUUGCCCUCUCUUCAUUCAGCAACAGUUAUUUUCCUUUCCCAAAACACUGUAUUAUUGAAUAAGCAAAAAGUGAAGCCUGGCGUCCUGCUUUGCCUUGAUUUUGACUUAAAUGCUUAUAAGGAUAUCAAACUGCAACCUUCUGUUGAACUUCUCCACAUUCACCACCAUUCAUUCACCAAAACGUAACAAGGCCAAAGGUGUCUUUGCUUACAGAAUGUUUAAAGAGGUCUCUAACUUUAAUGGAUCAAAUUAUAGUGACAUGUAUGAUUUUUUUUUAAAUGGAAGUGAAUUUUUCCCUGUUCUUUUUUAUCUUCUAUUCACGUGUGUGAUUUAUUUGUUACAAUUAUGUUCAUUUCUUUAUCGUCAUAGACACUACCUCACAACACUUUCAAGUACUUUAUUUUGUUUCAAUUUCUACAGCCGAGGGCCCUCUUAUUCUACCAAGUGUCAAUCAAAGCCUUUUCCAUAUGUCACUCCUGAAUGAGCUUCUGUCUUCAUUACUACAUGUUGGCCAGAUAUAUGCCCAACAGUGUGCUGCAAGAGAGGCAUUCAGGCAGUUUGUAGAUGGUCUAACUUUGGCAAGACACUUUGCUCUACCCUACAGGUAUUCAUUAUAAUGCUUUUUUUUAACCAGCCUUGUUUUAGAUUGUCUGAUCCAAUACACAGUAGUCAGCCGUAAUUAUCUCGCACUUUUUUGUUCAUUUUCAGCAGUACUGUAAUGUUAUGUUAGUUCCUAGGCAGUAAAAUGAAUUCAUUUUGUUGGUCUUUGAAAGACGUUAUUUCGUUUCCUCUGCGUCCUGCGUCCCUGAUGCAUAAAAAUCCCCAAAGACGCAAAAUAAUUCAUGAAUUGUGUCCUGUAGGAUGCAAAGAACGAUCAAUCAAUUUGAAGAUGAUUUUUUGGUAUAAUAUCCUGUUCGUGGGAUUUCUGUGGCUGUUGUUUAAAGAUGCAUAUUUAUUUUAGUCUUUUUUGGGCUUUAAAUAUACAGAUGGACUGUAUUUUAAUUUCAGUAAACUGUAAUAAAAAGGUUUGACGUCUGUCUCUGGAUUAAUUGCUGGUUACAUAAAGGCCCAAGCAUUUUCAAUUUAGGAAUCGUUUUUUGACUCAAGGACUCAUGAUUUUUCGCAAGAUGAGUCCCAGAACUCACCAUAACCAUUUGUAACAAAAUUACUCUCUUUCUAUUACAGGCUUUAAAUUCUUUUUGUUAGUUAGAUAAUGUAAUUGCAAGGUUGCAGCAUGGAAGUAGCUAAAUUGAAAUCACUGUUAUUGGUGACGUUUAUAUAGCAAAAGAAUAAUUACUGGCCAGGCAUUAGAUCCUAUUUUCAUUUUGCUUGGGAGAUGAACAUUUUACGCAAACUACGUAAGGGAAUAUAACAUUGCCUCCCAUAUUCGACCUGAUUGCAUGUUUAUAGAACUUUAAUUCUUCUCCUUUAGGAUUGCAGAAUUUGUCAUUAACAUUGCUCAGUUGGAACUCAAACAAGGCAAGGGUGAUAAGUGUAAAAGUCGGCUUGACCAGCUUAAUGGACUCCUACAACCAGUUUUGAAACCUUCCAGCCGAACCAAUCUGUCCAAAAAUGAAAUUCAAGAACCUCUGCUUCUUGGUCAUCCAGAGACAUGCGAAUGUGUAAACUGUAUUGAUACAACACUUCACAACAUACUGAUUACGUACUCUUUGAGUUUUGCCAAAUCAUUUGUAUCUCUCGUACGUUUCAAGACCCGAGCAAUCAGGGGAGGCUUUAGAACUGGUGCAUUCAGUGUGUCAGUGUGCUGAAAAGAAAAUGUUGAUGUGUGUCCAGAGAAUUGGCAUGAUUUUAUGUGGUUGUGCAUGUAGUGCUCCAAGUGAAGGGAUUUUGAAAGAGACAAAGAAAAAAGGCAAAGCAAAGUCUGCGAAAGGCAGAAAACAGAAAGAGGACCCAGGGUUACAAAGUUGUUCUGUUUCACAGUUAAUGUUUUGUCAGUAUUUUGCUUCAUUCUACUGCAUUUAGUGCACCUGUUUAUAAACGUUUUUGUUCCAAUUCUUUAUUUCUUUAUUCAUUUUAGACCUACAGUGCUGGAUGCAUUAGUUUUCGGCUAUCUUCAUUCAGUGUUGACCAGAUAUCUUUUAGAUAAUUCUCUCAGUUCUGUCGUCAGGGCAAACAAGAACCUUGAUAACUUUGUCGUGAGAAUAUUGAGGGAAUUCUUUCAGUGACUAAUCAAGAAUCUGCCAUUUGUUUGGCUCACAAACUUUCUCAAGGCCAUUCGUACCUUAGAAAAAUAAGGACAGACAAGGAAAAGUGAGACUUUUUUCUUCUGCUCUUAUAAAUGCACAGGUGUCUCAUAGCUCGGGUACGUUUCAAUCCAAAUUGUCAGGUGACUAUGGGCGUAUUAACUUGGUUUUUUGCCGUAGACGACCACCACCUUCCGUAAGCGAGCGACCACUUUGCCGUAAAAUGUAAUUAUUUACUUCUUAUUUCAAUUUUUGACAACCCCCAAAUCCAAUAUUUUCCAGUUUUCCCAAAUACACCCCCUAAUUUUUCUACAUUAAAAACAUUCGAAAAAUCAUCCAGAAAUUAUUGAACGACU